AUGGCCAACAAAAUCGGCAACGGCAUUGCCAAGGUCCUCGGUAUCGACCUCCAUUACCGCAAUGAGACUGGGUCAGACCGAGUGACUCGAGGAGAGAGCGUCUUCACCGUUGGAUCUGCCCACACAUAUGUCGAAGAAGAACCAACAGCUGCAGAGUGGAUCCGGGAAACUCUACCAAACGGUCACGAACUAGCCCAGUACUUUUACAGUCUCUUCCCUUUCACUCACUGGAUCGGUCGAUACAAUGUACAAUGGCUCAUUGGUGACCUGAUUGCUGGUAUCACGGUUGGCGCCGUCGUCGUUCCUCAGGGUAUGGCUUAUGCAAAGCUUGCUCAACUUCCUGUCGAAUUCGGCUUAUACUCCUCUUUCAUGGGAGUACUCAUCUACUGGUUUUUCGCGACUUCGAAGGACAUCACCAUAGGUCCGGUCGCCGUCCUGUCCACCGUCACCGGCAAUGUCGUCCUAAAGGCUGAGGCAACAGGUGUCGACGCUUCCCGCGAUAUAAUUGCGUCCUCGUUGGCUAUCAUCGCAGGCUCAAUCGUGUUGUUCUUUGGUUUAGCACGAUUGGGUUGGAUUGUUGAGGUUAUCUCCCUCCCCGCCAUCUCGGCCUUCAUGACGGGAUCAGCUAUCAGCAUUGCUGCCGGACAAGUCCCUACGAUGAUGGGAAUCACUGGUUUCUCGACACGCGAAGCAACGUACAAAGUCAUCAUCAACACACUUAAACACCUUGGACGAACAGACCUCAACGCCUCAUUCGGUCUCACCUCACUAUUCCUGUUGUACUUCAUUCGAUGGUUUUGCGGCUUCCUUGCGAAGAGGUUCCCCACCAGGGCCAAGCUGUUCUUCUUCAUCAACACACUGCGGACCGUCUUUAUCAUCCUGCUCUAUGUUCUGAUCAGCUACCUCGUCAAUCGUCAUCACAGGAAGAAGCCCCUCGUCUCGGUUCUUAAGGAUGUCCCACGCGGUUUUCAGCACGCUCGUGUUCCUCGCAUCACCAUUCCUAUCAUCAAGUCGUUCGCGUCGGAGCUCCCAUCGACAGUCAUCGUUCUCCUCAUUGAACACAUUUCCAUUUCAAAGUCGUUUGGCCGUGUCAACAAUUAUACCAUUAAUCCCUCGCAGGAGUUGGUCGCGAUUGGAAUCAGUAAUUGCCUUGGUCCUUUCCUCGGUGCCUACCCCGCUACAGGCUCUUUCUCACGUACAGCCAUCAAGUCAAAGGCUGGCGUGCGCACUCCCUUCGCUGGUGUCAUCACAGCUGCUGUUGUGUUGCUUGCCAUUUACGCUCUUCCGGCUAUGUUCUGGUACAUUCCAAACGCUACGCUUGCUGCCGUCAUCAUUCACGCCGUAGGUGACCUGAUUUUGCCACCUAACACCGUCUACCAAUUCUGGAGGAUUUCGCCUAUUGAGGUUCCCAUUUUCUUUGCUGGCGUCUUUGUCACAGUGUUUUCCAGCAUUGAGAACGGCAUCUACACCACUGUCUGCGUCUCAUUCGCAUUGUGGGCUUUCCGUGCUUUUAAGGCAAGGGGUCGCUUCCUUGGCCGUGCUAAAAUCCAUUCCGUCAUUGGCGACCACCUCCUCGACCCUACCGAUGACAACAAGCAGGGGCGCAAGACGUUUCCUUCCGCGAGCGAGGAAUCUGUUCGAAGCAUUUUCUUGCCCAUCGAUCACCAUGACGGCUCUAACCCCCAGAUUCAGCUUGAGGACCCCUAUCCGGGCAUCUUCCUUUACAGAUUCAGCGAGGGCUUCAACUACCCCAACGCCAAUCACUAUCUUGACGAUCUCAUCGAGACCAUCUUCAAGAAGACACGCCGUACGAACCCAGCUUCGUACGCAAGACUCGGUGACCGCCCAUGGAAUGACCCUGGACCACGUCGCGGCAAGGACAUUGCCAUUCAAGACGAUCGACCAACGCUUAAGGCCAUAAUUCUUGACUUCUCAUCCGUCAAUAACGUCGAUCUUACAUCCAUUCAGAACCUGAUCGAUGUUCGCAAUCAGCUUGAUAAGUACGCCGCACCAGACACAGUGGAUUGGCACUUCUGCAACAUCAACAACCGAUGGACCAAACGUGCGCUCGCCGCCGCUGGCUUUGGCUACUACACACCCGAGCCCGACGCGUCUGGCGUACACCGCUGGAAGCCUGUCUUCUCUGUUGCUGAGAUCGGUGGCUCAGACUCCGCUGCCGCUGCAGCCGAGGCCCGCGAAAACCGCCACGCACAGCGCACACUUUCGCAGGUCAGCAAGGACGACAUCGAGGCGGCACAUGACAGUGCCGAAUCGAGCGACACUGGGUCGUUGAACAAGCAGCUUGAGCUUAGCAAGGCAUACGGUGCUGCUGAGGGUGAUUUCAGCGGUGUGUCUGCGAACAGGAUUGCCGUUGUGCAGGGUUUGAACAGGCCGCUGUUUCACGUUGACGUUACUGCCGCGCUCAACAGCGCAUUGGCCAAUGCGCAGAGGAAGAGCCAUUAG